UUCUUCAUCAUAAUUACAGAAUUUCUACAAUACAAUAAAAUACUAUAGUAGCAAAUUAAAUCACCAACUACGAUUCUCCCGUAAUCUUCUACAAAGGAGUACCUGAACAUAUACAACAAUCCGUUCUUGGAAUUUAUAAUAAGAAAAUAUCGAUGGACGCCAGACUCGUCGCGUCUCGACUGCCGGGAAUACCGAUGUAUGGUCAACCGUUUAAUGCGCCUCCUUUCCCGGGAUAUCUCCCAUACGGACCCGCGGACGCAUCAGCAUUCUAUUCUCCAUUGCCGACCGGGGAAAAUGCAGAAGCUUGGCGGGCGGGACUGACCCAAGCUGCCGCCGCUGCGUAUUACGAUCCGACCCUCGCCGCACACUACGGAUAUGGAUAUGGACCCAUGGGUCUGAGUGAUGGUGCAAGAAGAAAGAAUGCAACUCGCGAAACAACUUCAACAUUGAAAGCAUGGCUUAACGAACACAGAAAGAAUCCAUACCCAACAAAAGGCGAAAAAAUUAUGCUUGCCAUCAUAACAAAAAUGACUCUAACACAGGUAUCUACAUGGUUUGCGAACGCACGUAGACGACUCAAAAAGGAAAACAAAAUGACUUGGUCACCCCGUAACAGAUGCGGCGAUGAGGACGAUGAUGAUAUCAUGGACGGCGAUGAUGACAAUAAUUUGAACAAUAACAGCAAUUCGCAAAUGCGAGAAGGUCAUACAAGUGCUGGCGAACGAAGUGGAAGCAGAUGCUCAAGUCCAAACCCUACGAUCUCAAACCCAGAAAAUCAGCGAAGGGUUUCUGGUUUUGAUUUGCCUCAACAAGGUACACGCCACCCAUUUUUGCCUCGCCCGGAAAUCACAGGAUCUUUCAGAAUUCAAGGACCAGUAGGAGGACCUAGACCGGCCAACGAAGUUUCAAGAAGAAGAAGCCGAGGCGAUGAAGACGAGGAAAUUGAUCUUGAAAGUGUCGACGAUGAACGAAAAGAAUUAUCGCUCGUGAAAAGAUCUCAUUCCACUGAAGGCAAUUCCGCGGAUGAAGUUUCUCUUCGCAAAAUACAACCAGGUUCUCCAAACACAACCAGUUCUCAAUUUUCUGGAUUGUUUCCGAAUGUUCCACAUCAUCAUGCCUUCCAUCCGAAUACGCCCAACCCAGCCGCCACUGCCUCCUUGCUUGCCCGUCACCAUCUUCACCAACAUUCUCUUUCCUCACAAUCUCCCAGUUCUCAUCGAUCAAUCUCUCAACAAUCGAGCUUUGGGCACGUUUCGUCAAAAAUUUCCAGACGAGAUUCGGCAUCACCGCGUUCGCAUCCAUAUUCAAGAAACGCCGUUUCAUCGCCUACGUCUUCAGUGGCGUCAGCAGCGAGCGCCACAUCUCCGUCCAAACCCAAGAUCUGGUCACUUGCUGAUGUAGCAACCAGUAAUGAAAGUAGCAAGAACUGUCGCAACGACGAUACCAAUUCCAUAACUUCAAGCACUGCUAAUUCAUCACUUACUACAUCACCAACACCCGGAAUGGCGGUAUUUCCAGGACGCUCUCCGGUUUAUGGUGUUCAGCCUCAUCACCAGUCUCCUCUUAACCCAGAAGCACAAGCGACAAUUCGAAAUUGGAUGGAUGGCGUAAUGCAACAAAAAAUGGCGGCUGCUGCAGCGGCCGCCGCGGCCAUGUCUGGCGGACAAGCUCAUCCAUCUCCAUUCUUUCCCGGUGGACUGCUACCACCACAUCUUGCUGCAGCGCUGAACCCAGCAGCUCUAGCAGUAGCCGCUUCAUUGCCAAGAGGCACUGAUGGUGCAAGAUUUCCGCAUCCCUUCCCUGGUUUUGCGGAGUUGGCAGCGGCACAAAGAGCUCAAAUGGCAGUACAAGUGGCAGAAAUACAAUCACAGGGGAACUCAAUCACUGUCAUCAAUUCUGUUUCUCCUACAACGCCAACAAGUUCUAACAAACCAUUCAACACUGGACUGCUUCACCGACACAGAAUAGUUUCAAAUGAUGAAAAGAACCGUUCUUUGAUUGUGUCGGCGACAUCACCCGCUCAUUCAGAUGGCCAGUCCGCUGAAAUUGCGAAUUUCACCGCUCUAAAUGCCAGACCAGCAAGUAAUGAUUCUGGAAUUGCCAGUGCCGAAACCAGCAAAGAUAGCUUAACCCAGGGGAGCGAUUCAGCCAGCACAAAAUGAAGAGUCGUUCAUGUCAAAGAUUGAAAUCAACUUGAUCAAAAGACCACGGACAGAGUGGCAAAUGACCAGUUCAUGCCAAGAAAUGAAAGAGAAGGCGAGGCUGAAUCCCAUCACAUAUAUACGAAAGUUCCUCUCGUGAGAACACAUGCAUUCAUUGUUCACAGGCUAGUAUACAGACAUUCACCAGGGCGAACGUCUACGAACAAAAAAAAUCGCCGUUUGCGACAACGUAAUUAUCGGAAGUUCAUUAGCUCUCGGGGGAAUAUAUUGUUUAUAAGACACUACCGUAUUCAAUUAGUGUAUGUUUGACCAUCAGAUCAUCAAUACACUGGUCAAUACCCAUUGCAAUUUUAUUGUAUUAAAUACUCAUAAACAGUUACUGUAUUUUGUAUAUGUAGAGUUGUACCUUACAACAGGCAGAAAAAAAUAUGCGUAACCAUUAAAAAAUUAUGUUACUGUUUGCCCUACAUCAAGUGAUUUAUUUUAAUGCUCCGUUUUGCACCACAAAUUCUAACAAAACGGUUUAUCAUUGACCUCAAUAGGCUGGCCCUAUUUUGCACAAUAUUAAAAAUAACCUCCUGCUGGGAACGUUGAAAAAUGAAAUCUCUAAAUUACAGUGACGACGAACAUUACUCAUAAUCAUUUUAUAAACAGGUUUUAUUAUUUAAUGCUUGUCCAGCGAGGGUUCAAUGAAUGUCAUACUCGGCAUUGAAUUAAUUCUACUUCGAAUCUUUUUCAAUAUUUUUUGUUGUCCUUUAUUCUUUUUAGUAAAGUUCAUUGUUGUAUUAUUAUCAUUAUUAUUACUUAUUCUUUAUACGUUGCCUGUUUUUUCUCUUUUCGUUCUUUUUAUUACAUUUCUCAACCAUCCAUAUUUUAUCGCGUAAUAUCACAUUGACGAAAUACAUACAAUAAUAAUGAAAACUAUAGUA